GGAAACAUGUAUUGACACGCACACACACACAUGAAUGGUUCACCCACCCGCACGCACAUGAGCCACCGAGUCGACAGACAGACAGACAGACAGAGUGUCCUACCGUCGGUCGGUCCGUUUGUCUGUUCGUAAGUACUUAUUUACACAGGGACGGCAAGUGUGUUUUGUGGCUAUCCUCUCUAUCUCGCUGAUCGAAGCGAAUAUAUGAAUGCCAUCCACGAUAGACGGACCGACCACACUUUGGUUUGGGCACACGUGCGGAGCGAUCCCCUCCCUCCCUCCCUCUGCCAUUCACAGCAAACGAUCUAUCUGUCGGCCUUGGGCACCCACCGCACCUCCCUCCGUCCCCCUCUAUGUCUCCUUGUCCCCCUCCCCCGGUCUGACUCACGCGACCUCGACGUCGGACGGCUGGGCGCCGCCGGCCUCCUUGGGGCCGGUCCGCUCGACGCAGCGGCGGGCGCAUGCUUGGCCCCUUGGGGCUGGGGCGGCGGGGGGGUCGUGGGCUCGCUGUCGCUCGACGAGUCGGACUGGUCGAUGUGCAGGAUGUGGUUGCGGGCGGGCGACGAGGGGGCUGUGCACAGCGCCGUGGCGGCUGGUGGGGGCCAGGCUGAUGUGCCGUCGUCACUCGCCAACCAGGGGUGCGCCAGCGCCUCGGCAGCUGCAGACAAGACAAAACAAAACGAGACAUGCAGCGAUUGAUGCAUUGGUAGUCGUCUUAGUUAUUGACUUGACUAAGUCGAUCAACACACCGGAGGCCAUGCGCUGCUUCUUGUCUGCCGUCAGCAGCUUGCUGAUGAGGUCCGCCGCCUCAGCCGACACGCCGUCGCUUGGAAGGAAACGAGGCCCCUACAUGACCACACACACCAGAACCGACACAGACGUCAGUUUGAUGGAUGGAUGGCCUCUGUCUGUCUGUCUGUCUGUCUGUCUGUCUGCCGUCGUCCCUCCCUCCCUCACUGACCCUCUUCAUGGCCCGCAGGACGGCUGGCUCGAUGCUGCCGUCGUCGGGGACGGUGGCGGGGAUAUCGAACGGAAACCGGCAGGUCAGCAGAUAGUACCUGUAUGUGUGUGUGUGUGUGUCAGAGGAGAGAGGGAGGACACACAACACACACAAUAAGCAAACGACACGCCCAUCAGACUAUGCCGCUUGGGCCCUGUCUGCGCAUGUGUGUGUUUGAUUGUGUGUGGGGCGUACUUACAGUGAGACGCCGAUCGCCCAGAGGUCGCUGGCGGGGCUGUAGUCAAACCCUUCGAAGCACUCAGGGGCCUGCACACACACACACACACACAGACAGACAGUCAGAUGUGCAGGUUUGUUUAGGUGAGGCAGCUUUGCUUUGGUUUGCUUUGGUGUGUGCUGACUGACUGACUGACCAGAAACUGGGGCGUGCCGGCGAUCCGUGUGACCUUGGGGCUGUGUGGCGUGAUGAUGUUGUCGAAGUCGAUCAACAUAACGCGCUCGCCGGUCCUCAUUAUGUUUCUCAGCGAAACAUCCGCGUGCGUGAUCUGCAUAUAUUGAUUGCCACACAUACGCACAUAAAGACAGACCUUCAUGGAGACAGACAGGCUUGCAAGGGUGCCUUCCUUCCUCUCAGAGGACUUGUUGACGUACAUACGUACGUCGUGGGUGUGCAGCACUUGGAGGCCUCGCAAGGCCCCUUGGGCUAUGUGCCUGACCUCUCCCUCGCUCACGCGCCCGAGACCCAUGCAGUCGCCCCCGCCCACCCACUCCAUGACGAUGUACAGGUACUCGUGGUCCCUCAGGACCUCGCUGGUGUAACAGAGGUGGGCGGAGUAGGGCAGACGUAUGAGCCGCCGGUACUUGUCCAGGUACUCGGCCUCGGUGAACAGGGAGCUAGGGUACCUGCAGGCAGGCAGGCCAGAAAGAAAAGCCAUACAUACAAUCAGCAGUAAGGAUCAUCAAUCAAUACACACGGACGGACGGACGGGGAAGUAUAUAUAUAUAAAAGUGCUGUGCUGGCUGUUUGGUAAACAAACUUGGGUGCAUUCAUUCAUUCAUUUGUCCUUUCACCCAGCCAGAUAGAUAGCCAUUCAUUCACUAAUUACUCACGUGAAGGCGUCACGGGGGAAGGCCUUGACGGCCCAGAAGAGGCCGGGGAUGAACUCGUUAUCCACCUUGAACACAUAACCGUUCCUGUGAGUCAACAGACAGACAAACCGUCGAUGGAUGGAUGACACACAUAGACAUACACACACGCACUCUGUCUGUCUGUGUGUGUGUGUGGCUCACUUACGCGCCUUCGCCCGCCUCUCCGGCGUACUGGAAGCCGUUCUCAGCCAACAUAUGGCCGAAAUCGUCGUACGUCUGCAGCAUCACACACAGAAGGCAUGCAUGCAAGAGCCGCCAAUCAAUCAGCCAGCCGGCUGUCUCUCUGUCUGUCUGUGCCCCCCGCCAAGUGAACGUACCUUGGUCGUUCCGUCGUCAACAAGGUCGGCCUUGCCCUCAGGCUCAUCCCCUGUGGCCAACUUGGUCAUGCUAACGCCGCUCAGGCCGCACGGCAU